GCAGUCAGUUCACAGGCAACGUUUCGAGUGUAAAGUACAGCGGACAAUAAGUUCAACGAAUAGUUGGUGAGCAAUUAAAAGCACGCAAAGGACUAAAAAAACAAAAAAAAAAAGUAAAAUUCAUUCAUAUCAGCAAAGUUGUUGUAGCUGCCACUAUAAUCACAACAGCGACAACAACAACUGCAAGAGCUUAAGCAGAGCAACAGACAUUUCACUAUCCACCUCUGAUAGCUGUGCACUCAAAAAAUUAGCAAAACAUCAACAACAAUAGUGCAGCACCGCCACAUUCACUGUGCCGAGUCAUUUCAAACCUCAAGUGGCUGGCCCAGCGCUUUCACCUCCGCAACCCCAGCCAACCUUCAGGCAUCGGCUGCAACUAUCAACGACACCAACAACAACAGAAACAGCAGCUGCUGCUGCAGCGCAUUUCACAAUUCGUUCUCAGUUGAUGUUGGUCGCUUGUAUGGCGCAGUUAGUGGCUAUCCGACUUUUCCUCAUUCUGACACAAUCGCCGUUCGAGUGUCGGGCUAGUGCAAAGUGCGAAGUGCUUUUCAACGCUCGCCCAAGCACUUAUUGAAGGCGCUAACGCUCUAAUUUAUGUGCGUUCUUGCGUGCUCUGUGUGCGUGCGUUUUGUAGCUACGUGUAGAAGAAGAUAUAGCGAGUCGUCAUCAAAAAAGGCAUAAAAUCACAAAAAUUGCGAAAUCUCAAAAAGUAAAUACGAACGAAAAUCGCCGAUAAAGCAAAUUUUGGGUGAAAUCAACAAUUAAACGUUACAGCAGGAAAACGAAAUAACAUAAAAAUUGUUUCAGCGAUUUAUUACAAAAAUAAAUAAAUAAAUAUAUAAAAGUCACCAGCAUACUCAAUUGCAACGAGAGUAUUUUAGUAAUCGCAAAUUCGCUGCGUCAGCUAGCCGGCAAUUCGCAUAUUUUUCGUGCAAGUUUCGCAUUGCAUUUCGGCCAUGCAACACACCCAUCAAACGGACCAAUCAGCUUUACGUAUAGCUUGUGGCAUAACGGUGUAAAAGCAGCAUAAAACAACGCGAGAGUAAACGAGAGAUAGAGAGCACAUGUUUCGGAGUAAAAGUUAUCAACGUGAUAACGGACCUUCCGAACAAAGUGCCCAUAAAAGUCAUUGUGAUUGUUGCCGCAUAGUCUGCGCUUAAAAACUCAAAAAAAAGUGAUUGAAAAAUAUUUUAUUAACUCAAAUAGAGCAAGAAAGCAAUAGAAAAAAAUUAUCAAGUGCCAAAAUCGCGCACAUGAAACUGUGAACAAUCGAACCAUCUUUUGGUAAACUUCGUUCCACGUUACUAAACAGCCGCCGAGUUGUGUGUGUAAAACCGAAAAUUUAAAAACUUAUUAGUAUGUGUGUGAAAAACUGUUGUAAAGUAGCGUAAAUACACGCCACUAACGUCAGGAGACACCCACACAGACACACACACCCCCACACCGUACACAACAAACCCUCCAUGCUAAGAUAUCGGCUGGUGUCGACACAUUUCCUCAAACAGCCGUAGAUUGUUUACCGCCGCCGAGCCAGCCAAGCAGAGACGAGUCCAGCCGAGUCGCGUCAACGAACGCGAAACGAGUGCAUCACCAAAAGUACACCAACAAAUACAUAACGAAGUGGAAGAACAAGCAUACCUACACACACCCACACACACACACGAACAUUGAUACACAUACGCAUACAUAGAUAUACGAAAACACCUGGUACACAUUGAAAAAUACGUCGUAGGCUAGUACGCGGAGCCCGAUAGUGCGUGUGCGUGACUAGCGCGGUGAAUGAGAGAGCGAAUAGUGGAAGCAAGAAGCCACAAUACGCUUGCGUUCAAGUCGCGAGCACGAGAGAGAGAGUGAGAGAAAAGAAUAGCAACGUAGUUUUCAAGCGUUUUGUAGGCGCAACGCCUGAAAGCCUAAAAGCCGACUAUAGAAAAUAGUGAAAAACAAAAGCGCCGUUAGUAGAACGCUGUGGGCGUAUAGUUGUGACACUUUUCUGUGGAAAUUCGCCAGUUGCAUUUGGCGAUCAUCGGCAAAUAGUGGUGAAGCUUUAUAUUGCAUUUGUCGAAUUGCACAUCUGGAUAAUACCGCGACUAUUCGGAUAGGCAAACGCUUCGAAGUGUCUUGAAUUACGCCGCCAUUAACUGCGCCAAGCAUAAGCAACGGCGCUGACGACAACACCCACGAUUCGGGUGCAACGCAGUCGUUUAAUCAAUAAAACGCAAUACCGUUAGCGGUAAGCUAGACAUUUCGACUUACAGCUCUUAGCUGAUAACAACCCCAUAUCGAUUCGAUUUCGAAGCGGAUAGUGGCGAUUUAUUGCCGAAUGCGCUCAGCCAAGGCACAAAGUGAUUAUUUGGGCUGAUUACUUUAAUUGUUGAUUGUUGAGUGGAUUCCUAACGGUUUCAUACGGCAUCAUAGCUGCGGUAUUCCUUGGAACAGGCUCAUAAAGUGAAACUUCGGGCGAUUCUGUUUUCAAUCGCCAACAACAACAGAAAAAGCGGAAGCCGUGUACCCACUUGGUAUUCGGAUCGUUUUAGAGGUUACACACGGGGCCGUGGUGACUUCUUCUCAUCUGGCGCUGUAACUUUUGUCACAACGUAUUCGCUAAGAGUUUUCCGUUUAUUCGGUACGUACGACAACAAUUUCAAUAGCGAAAAUGUGCAGAGAUCGCGAUAUGAUUUUGCCAUAGAUCAACGUAAUCGCCAAUAUAAAGUCAAGAAAAAAAUUAAGCUAAAGUAAGCGCUGCGCUAGUGUGUGUAAGCCAGUGAACAAACGUUGAGUGUGAGUGAAAGAGAGGACGCUAAGAGGCGACUGAACGUGCAAACUAGUUAAAUUCUUUCGCCGAAAAAUUUGCGAUAAAAUUCGGAAAUCUCAACUGCACAGAGCAGCUGUGACUUUGGAGUGCUUAAGUGUGCGAAAAUUAUAACGGAAAAAUAACGAAAGUUGAUAAAUUGAAUCGGCUUGUAGCAACGAAACGCCUUGCAAUUUCGCUACCAAGUUAACAACGCAACGUUUAAACGAUUUUUUUUAAAGUAUUUAAUCAACAUAAUCGUUAUCGAUAACAUCUACGCAUCACUCAACGCCACAUAACAUAAUAUUUCGUGUACGCGCUUUAUAUGCGCACGCAAUUUUUCACAGUGUAUAUACGGUAGAUUUUUAAGGUGCCCAUAACCUCAAAUAAAUUCUGCAAUGUGACUGUUGAGCGUCGAUUUUUCGUUUGCUUAUAAACUACGUCUGCUGCCGACAACGAUUUAUCGUUCGUUCAGUCGAGUGUGUAUUUUACCAAAACCAGCCAAAGAGAUCGCUUGAGAAAUUGUUAGAACGUGUUGAAAAAUUUCUGAAAUCGAAGUAAACAUUCUAGUGAAAUUUAGCCUAUUAGAUCUGUGUUUUUUGAGUUUAAACGUAAAUAUAAAAUAGCAUAAAGGAUAAAUUUUUACCGUUAAUUUCGUUUGCUUGUGUCAAACGGAGAAACUAACAGGGCAAGGAUUCAAAGAAAAAGCGGCAAGAUUGAAGACUUUGCGAGGAACUUUUGGAAGUCUAUUAAGGCUUGCGUUUGCGGCAUGCGCCAUCCCACCACAGGACUAAGCGAAGACGACCUCAGUCGUCUCACUGGUUCAUCCUCAUCGACAGCAUCUUGUGACAGUAAUUCAUCAUCCUCCUCUUCAUCAUCAUCGUCCUCUUCUUCGUCGGCGGCGAACACGCCCGCACAUAAGGAGGGCGUUGACAGCGUCGAGUGCGUUCACCGCACACUCACCACGCUCGCUAGUCCCGACAAAACGACCAAUAACACAUUAGCCCUGGUCGCCAGCACACUAAAGCAGAAUAACAAUAAUAUCAUAAACAUUAGCAGCAUUAAUAAUCAACAUAACAAUAACAACAACAAUAACAAUAAUAAUAACGGUACGCAAACAAAUGCAUCAACACGUUUUAGUUCAACAUAUCUACCCGAAUUGAUUAAUCCGCUGGAUUGGCAAAAAUCACGUAAGCGUAAAGAACGCCUUGACAGCACCUCAUCGGUAACACAGGAUCGUAAGCUACAACGCUCCAAUAGCGAAGAGCUACUCACGCAAGAGCAGCAAGCCGCAACGGUAGGCAGCGCCGAUGCGCUUAAUGCCGGCAGUAACGCGCUAAAGGAAAACAAAAGUGCGGAUGUUAUAAGACGCGUUUCAUCGGAAGAUUUCAAGAAGACCGCCUCGUACGCUAUUUACGAGCAAGAGUUGCGCGAAGCGGCCGAGUGUCGCGCUGCCGACUUAAAUCAGCGUCAAUCGCAGCAGCAAUCACAACGUAGCGCCGCGGAUGAGAAUGACGGCGCGUUAGCUAAUCGUCAAAGAAUUCAACAACAGCAACAAGAAGACUCCGCGCACGCACCUGUUUACCGCGACUCCUGGGUCACUGGGCCUACCAAAGAUAUGACGCGUCGCUCACGCUACGAAACUAGCCCGGCGCGUUCGCAACGCUUCUCUCCCAUACGCACCAAUGGCGUUAACGGUAACAGCAACAAGCAUCGUGACAGCGACGACAGUGAAUGCGAGCAUGAGCGUCGACGCAGCAGCGAGCGUUCAUGCAAGUCACGUCAGCCGCCCGGCCGCAAGGUGGGCGUUGUGAAGAAGAGCAGCGCCAGUGGCGGUAGCAGCAGCGCGGCUAGUAGCGCCGCUAAAUAUCUGGCUACUUCGAAGCGUUUUGAUGAGAAUUCCGCUUAUAAAUAUGAUCUAUCCACAAUGAAGUAUGAACGACGUGGUUUCAUUAGCAAGAAAGGCAGCAUCGCUAAUGGCAGUAACAGCAACAGUAGCGGCAAUAGCAGCGGCAAUGAACGAGCCACCAACGACCACAAUGACAAUAAUCUAAUUGACUUCCAUCAACAGCCACAAAAGCCAGCGCCGACAACACAGUCGCCAGCGCAGACCGUCGCGGCGCCAACAACGCAAUUACAGCUCAAAAGCGUUAAUGGCAUCGCAACUGCCGCGCCCAAAGAGAACAAAUCGGCGCCGACGUCACAGUCAGUAAAGCGCACGAGCGCCAUUUGUAGCGCCUACAACAGCGUACCGCUAACUGCAGCACAAGAGGCGCUGCCUUGGGGGCGCAGCGUACCCGAAGAUGCCACACCGAUGCUAAGCCGUCGCUAUGCGCCCGUGCGUCAUCACCCUGUCGAUAAUCUCGAUACUGCGGCCAAGCUCUCCAAAGUUAUGCCCUAUCCACAACAGUUUCACAAGCAAUCCGCCGCUCAGCGUUUCGAUGACGAUAUGGAUUGCAUGGAGUCACUCAGCACUUUUCGUGCCUUUACUUCGCGCGAUGUUAUGGAACAAGUCAUACCCGCAAUGAUGUCUUUCCAAUCGCCCGAAGAGCGUCUUAAGCAGGUUAACAAACGCCUGACAGCUUUAAAGAAGAAGCUCGUGCAACUAGAAGAGGCUUAUGAAAUGCGCAUGGGCUAUCGCCCGUCACAGGCGGAGCGCAUGAACGACAAAUAUAUGAAGAACAUAUUGGCUGAAAUAAAUAAGUUGCGCAAGGAACGGCAGGAGUUGAAGGUCGACCCGUUAGGCGCGCUGGGCUUGAAAGUGAGCGGUGGCAUGGACGCGGCCAAGAAGUUGGAGAAAAUGAAGACAACCUUGCAGGAGAUUGAGCAGAAUCUCUCUGAUAAGCGUGAGGACUCCAAUCGCUCUGAAUCGCUUGAUGAACUCAAUGCCGAUCAGCUGGUGCAAGAAAAGAGCGCCGUACAGCAUGGUCUACUCUAUUUCGAGUCGCUCUACGGCCGCCCCGGCACCAAGGACGAACGCGAUGCGGCACGACCAAUCUACGAUCGUUAUCGUCAACUCAAACGUAUGGUAUUGCGUAGUGUUAUGCAAUCGGGCAGCGCUGUCGCCGGCGCACCCGAGUUGCCAACCAUACUUGAAAACGAAGCAAUGGUCUUCGAAUUUACACCCCACCAACUCUCAUCUGCCAACAGCACUGAAUCGAAUUCGCCUAGCGACUCGGCGACCGCGCCGAAUGCUUCAUCUGAUGACUCGACUACCACAACAACGGGUGCUACAACCGGUGAGGCAGCUGCAACAACAACAACAACAACAGCGGCUGCUAUCACACAGACAGCGGCCAAUAGCGCGAGCGAGAAUAUUAGCUCCUUAAAUUUGGAACAAUUGUGGGAAUGCUUGGAGAAGACACGUGAAGAGAAGAAGAUACUCAAACGUACCAUACGCGAGUAUGAGACUAUCUUUGAGGAGCAAAAUGGUCGCAAAAUGUUGAAGAACGAUCGCAAAACUAUCGAAGAGACAUAUGCGCAGUACAAAGAGAAGAAGGCAAAGACACGUCUGCUGCAGGAGCUUAUCAAGAAGCAGAAGCGCUCAUUUGCCUAAAGUGUGACGCACAAGCGGCGAAAAGCGCUUUGGCAAAAGCUACGCGGAAAGUAUAUAAUUCUUUUUACAACAACAAAUGUCGACGUGUGCCGAAAAAGCUCAAUUUGUUUACAAAUUUGUGUGUGACGGCAAUUUUGUUUUGUUCUUACUUCAGCGCUUGCCCGGAGAAGUAACUUGUUUAAAGCUGCGGUCUAGCUAGUAGCACAACGCAACAGCCGUUAAGCUUCGGCAGUAACCAAAGCACGAAAGCACGAGAACUUUGUUUUACAGCACGAAAGUUUUGUUUUACAGCUCGAAAGCUUCGCGUUACAACACACCAACGAACGCUCUACUUAUUUUACAUGCGAGUCGGAAGACACUCGCCAACAGCAGCAGUGCAGUGUUGGUUAACGCGGCGAAUUAAAAUUUAUCGAUGUUUCUUUAGAAAUUAGUGAUUGAAAAAAAAAAUAUGGUUUCCAAUUAUUUACUGUUAUUUUUCAUUACUAUUUUUAUUGUAUUUUAUAUUGUUCUAUUGAUUUAUUGUCAUGACAAAAACAAAAAACAAAUAUAUUUCUAUAUAAACCCAUUGUUAUAUUAGUUUUAGCAAUAAAACAAAUUAUAUAUGUUUACUUUUCAUAUCAUUUAUAAAAAAAGCUCUAUAUACAUAUAUAUAUAUUGUGUACCAAAAGCGAUUGUAAUAUUGCGUUUUACUUAUGUAACGCAGAGCCAUCAAACAGUUAUUUAGUUGUUUAAGCUCUUGUGACCAACUGUGUUAAUUUUUAUAAAAUUCACAAAACAACUUUUUAGUUUUUAAGUGGUGAAGCGCAAUUUGAAGCUAAACAAAGAAAAAAAGUAAAGAAAAGGAAAUACACAAAUGAAAAUAAAACAAAAUAAAAAGGCUUAGAAGCAAAAGAGCGCUAUAAUAUGCUAAAUUAUUAUAUAGAAAGAAAGUUGAAGUGGAAAGGAAGAGCGCAUAGUAUUGUGUAUUGAGAAUAUGCAACAUUUUCGCGAAAACAAAAACGCUAUUUGAUGUACAACCAAUAUUUAUACAUACCUAUAUAUAAUAAAAGAACAAAAUGAACACGAAAAAUACUUGAAAUUUAUUUUAUUAAAAAAGUACAAUUUCGAUUAAAUUGCAACUAAUUUAAAGAUUAUGCAUGCUAUGACAAUUAUAAAAUACUAAUUUGAGCUUAUGAAGGCGUGUGCUCAAGCUUUUAAGAAACAGAUUAGCAUAAAAGAUGAAAAAUGUAUGAGAAUAUUUCUUUUUUUAAGUGAGAAGGCAUAACGACUUUCAUUUUAUUAUAGCUACUUAAAACAUUGUUUAAUUUUUUGACGCGAUAAAUUUAUUUACGAUGAAUAGUAACAUAAAAUUACAGGUACUAAACUUCGUUUUAAAUAAUUUUUUGAAAAACAUUUUCGAAUACUUUUUUGAAUAACUAAAUUUUGAUAUAAAUUUUUUUUCAAUUUGUAUGGUGCAAUUAUAUAACCAUUACAAGUUGAAGAAAAAUAUAAUUUCUUUGCUUCUAAAAAUAAUUGAGAUCAAACAACACCAUUCUUAUAUAUUAUAUUCUUUAUAUGUAACAUAUAUGUUUGUGCUGUUUGCAAUAUAAUUUUGAAAUGUAAUAUAAUUUUCGAAAAAAAAUUAAUUUUUUUACUUUAUUAAAAUAUUGCUAUUUGUAAAAAUAACAUUUUUGGUUAUGAAAUGUGCAACAAUUUUAAAUAUUUUUUGGACUUGUAUAUUUACAAUCUUUUUUUUUAAUUUUUAUAAGAACAAAUUUUGUAACAUUAAUCAUUUUUUCUAGUACUUUAAUAUUUUUUUAAAAUAUUUAAUGCAGUUUUAAUACCUUAAGAUCUUAUACGUGCUUAAAUUUACUAAUAGUUUGCUAUUUCUUUAAUAUUUGCAAACAAAUUUUUUUACUUUGAUUCUCGCAUUUUUAUUAAUGCAUGGUAAAAGUGGCUAAUAUAUGAAAUUUGUCUUUAUAUACUCUUGCAACAUGUUGCUACAGAGAAUAAUAGUUAUUAAAUUUUUUCAUUAUAUUUUACCAUAUUAAUUUAUUAUAUCUUUGUUUUUCAUAUCUAAUUUUUGAUCUAAAAUUUUUGAAAGACAUUUUUUACUUACAAAUAAAUGGUUUAAUAUUUUAAGUUGAAAUAAAAAAAAAGCUGUUCUAAAAUUAAACAAAAAAUAUUUUUAUAUUAUAUUUCAUUGAAGUAUUGACUUUAUAAAAAACGAUUAAUUUUUAACUGCAAUUAAAUUUAUUAAAAAAAAAAACAUUGGUAACCAAAAUAUUGCUUCAAAUAUAAUAAUAAAUAAAUUGUUACAUUUAUUCACUGAUAAUUUUUGUACUAAACCUAGUAAUAUGCUUCAUUUUUUUUUGUAUAGUAAAUUUUAAAUAUUGUUUUUGUUAAAUUUUUUUUUUUUUACUUAAACAAUUAAUAAGCUUUAACAAAACUUUUUUACUUUAAAAAUUAUAUCUUAAAGCCGUUAUCUUUAACAAUAAUAUUUUUUUACUACAAAAAUUAUAUAUUAUAGUUUUAUAUAAUUUUUGCAGUUUCUUUCUUUUAAAAAAUAUUGUAAUCCUUAUAUUUUAUGAUAAAUUAUUUCACUUCUUUCCAUAUUAUCCAUUUCUUCUCAGAAAAAAAUAAAAUUUUGAUUUUUUUUUAAAAUAUUACUACUUUUUUCACUAAUGUAUGUUUUUUUUAUUAGCAUUAUUGGCAAAUAUUUAUAUUGCGAUGCGCCCAUUCAAACGUUGUGAUAGUUUUAGUUGAAAGUUUUUCAUUUCACUUGCGUUUUUUUGAUAAGAAAAAAAAAUUUUGUUUACAACAAUUAAAUAUUUAAACAACUGUGCUAACGAUAUGAUAAUAAUCUAAGCAUUAAACACUUAUUUACGGCAAACAAUAAAUGCAAAUAAGCGUUAUACAUAUGCAUAUGUAUAACUAAUUGUAUAUAGCGCUGUCGCAUGCCAUAUAUUGAAAAGAUUUGUAACAAUUUACUAAUGAAAAAUGCAAAUGAAAGCGUGAACGACCUACAUACAUACAUACAAACAAACAUAAUAUUUAUGCGCAUUAAUUGCCAAACAAUUUUGUAUAGUUUACACGCCAUUUUGUUGUUGCAAAAUCUUACAUUGUUACACUGACAUAACUGUUGCAGUGUAAAUAGGCGUAAAUAUUUGUAAAGAAAUUUUUCGAAAUGCUUUGAAAAAGCGAUAUAGACACAUAUACAUAUAUAUACUUAUAUAUUAAUACGAGUAUAAUAAAUACAAAUAUACAUAAUACAAAUACAUACAUACAUAUAGUCUUAUAUACGGGUAGUUGUUCUUCAGUUUGCAUUGUCAAACAAUUUAUUGCAUAUUUCACAUACACACAUUUGUAUCACCGAUACGUAAGCAUUAUAUACAUAUAUAAAUAUGUAUGGUAAUAACCAUAUAUAUACAUACGCUCACCUAAAUACACAAGCUCACACAUACAUACAUUAAAUAAUUCAUGUUUAUUAUCCAUUAUAUAUUGUAUAUUCUUAACAAUAUAAGAGAAAAGAAAUUAUAAUUGUUAUUAAUACAAAAUAGAAAAUGCAAACAAUUUAAAUAAUAAAUUGCAAUAAUUGCAAAUAUUUUAUUGUAAGCACAGAGUUGCUGAAAAAAUGCUGUUAAAAGCAAUUGACAUUUGCCUAUGAGUACUUAUGAUUAAAACAAAUAAUCAAAUUCAUUCUUUUUAAAAGAAACUAAUUAUGGUCUUUGUUUUAUUUAUAUAUAUCUGAAUAUUUGUAUGUAUAUGCGUUGAUUUUCAUCACUUGGUUGGAUUGAGUUUUUCGCUCGCAGCAUUUUCGAAGAAUCUUUUGUAAGUAAAUGCAUACUUUAAACUGUUUGUUUCUAAGAUUUAUUUUGUUUGGUAUUUUUUUGUGGUUUUUUUUUGUUAUUAUUUUGUGUUUUUCGUUUUUUAAAAUCUUGGCACAGUUUCCUUAAAAAAUAUAAAUAUAUCAUGCUAAUAUUAUUGCAUGAUAUAAUUAAAAUUGUAUCCGAUCAACUUCCAUUUCAUUUCCUUAUCUGUAGUUUAACGAGCUUAUCACAUAUUUGAUAAUUAUUUUAUCAAGUUCUAUUAAGUUACACAGUAUCGUCUUGAUAUUAGGAAAUUCUAUAAUGAUAUAUUAGGUGUAGUAAAAAUAAAUCCAUUAAUUGUUAAAAUGAUCCGAUUUAGGUCAAAUAUGCGCCGUUUUGUUCGAUAACUUUUUUCCAUUUUAAGGGUAAUUUCAUUAUGCCUCUCUUCGUUCCUAUUGGCAAAUAUUGAGACAGUCGAUUUUCACAAGCCUAUCUUGAAGCGAAUUUUUCACCAGCAAAAUUGUUUGCCAUUGACAGGAACAGAUGGUAAUCACUUGGUGUCAGCUCCGGACUAUAAGGUGGAUGCAUAAGAACCUCCCAAAAACUCCCAAACUUUCUGUUUACUACACCUAAUAUUUGUAAAUACUUCCCAAAAAUUUUCAAAUAAAAUCAAUGUUUUCUCAGUAGUGAUCUUGAGUACUUGCUGGAAAACCACCAGCAUUUACCUCUUUAAAAACAAUGUAUUGGGUUCUCUAUCCAGAGUUGAAAGGGCUUGAUCUAAAUGCAGAAAGAUAUAAUUAAGAAAAUUUUCUCAACUAAAAUUAAAUUUUUUACCAAGUUUCCUUUUUUUAAGCUAGUGGAAAACGAACACUCGUUAAAUUACUAAAAUGUCUGUUGUCUAUUAAAUUUGAGUAAAAGUGUCACUAACUUAACAUGAAAUUAUGAGUAGUUUAAAAAGGAUACUCGUCCUUUUUGAAACGUGAGCAAUUACUUAUAAUUUAAUAAUUAAUUAUAAUUUAGUAUUUUAUUUUAUUAUUCUAAAAUUAUUUUUUUAAACAAAUUUUUUAACUUUUUAUUUAUUUAAUAAGUCUAAAAUUUUAAAUAAAAAUUUGAUAGUUAACCUAUUAAAAAAGCAAAAGUAGUUAAAUAGUUGCAUAUUAAAAGCAUUAUUAUAUUAUCAUAAACUUAUUGAUACUAUUUAGUACGCGUAUGUACGUAGUGUUAGCGAUGAGAGGCUCUUUAUAAAUGUUGUACUUGUAGAUUGAAAAUUUAUAUUUAUUUAUAACAAUGAAUGAAGCAAAAAACUAAAGAAAAUAUAACUGUUUAUUAUGAAUGCAGACAUACUUAUAUUUAAUUUAUUAAAUAGCAAUUAUAAAAAAAAAAACCUAUGGACUAUAAAAUAUGAUAAAGAAAAUGCAUAGCGAAAAGUUAGUAGUGAAUCGAAAAAUCAAUGCGAAAAUCGAAUAUCGAAAUAGUAGCUAAAUCGAUUAUAGUGACGCAUAGCAACAAACAUAUACUAUUUAUGAAUUCAUAUUUACAACAUGCAAUAUAUGCACUGAUUUUAUUUAAUAAAAAAAAAAAAAUUAUUUAAUAUGUAAAAAAUGAGUUGUCUAUUGUAUCGGUUCAGCGUUGCGAAAAAUUCGAAUUAAAAAUUUAUACAGAGAUUUAAUAAAAAAGUUAAAAACUAACAAUAACAAAAAAACUAUAUGAAUGUCUAUCUAUAAUUACAUAUUUAUAAUAUAUCUAAAAUUGAACACAAAAGACUUCUUCGCAAUAUUUUCAUGUCGUUUACACACACAUAAGUACUUAAUUAAAAUUACAAGGAGAUAUAUAUUUUAAAUGCAUACACACACAUAUUUACUUUGAAAAGCGAAAAAAAUAAUGUAAAUAAAAAAAAAUUAAAUUUAAGCGUAGCAAAAUCACUUACUCAUUUACAUAAAAAUUAUAAAUAUUUUUUUCGUAGCUCGUGUAUUUUAUUCACUAAUUGAUUUAAUGUCGCCAAGUAGUGCAAAACCGUUAAAAGUGGUAUUCGCGCUCAAUCGAACUAAAUAUUGUAAUAAAAAUAUUUCAUUUAUAUAUAAACAUAUA